ACCUACGCUUCGUGUACGCUGUAUGUAUAAAAGUACCGCUACUGAAUUUAGACAGUCAGUUUUCUUGGGAAGAUAUUGGGACGCUGGCUUAGAGUGCGUCGACGGUUGGACCAGAUAAACAAUUAUCACAGGCAAAAACAGUUCACAGAUAAGUGGACCUUAUCAGGAAGAAAGAUAACGAGUGUAUAAGGUCUCGGGAUGAUCAAACUUACUCUCAUAGUUUGAUCUGACGAAGGACGAGACGGAUCUACGUUGUUUUCUUAUUUUGCGAGAAGCAUCUUACAACUAGUACAUUUCAGUGGCGCCUUCGUUCCUCUGUACAGGAUUUGCUUCGUGAGGUGAGAGUGUCACCACUGCCGCGCCCUCAGGAGAGCCACGGGAAUGUCUAAGGCGCAAUGGAUGGCGUCGUAGAGGACCGGGAAGGAUGGCACUCCCAAAAGUUGGACUUUGUCUCCUCUGUCGUGCAAAACGUCGACAGAUCCUUCCUACGCGACCAGGUCCUGCAGUGCGAGAGCAACCAGGACGUCCAGAUCCUGAUCCAGUACCUGCUGGAAGACGGGGGCGGGGGCGUGGGCGCCGUCGGAGGGGAACAAAUUUUACCCGGCAGGACGGACGAUGCCGAAAGUGCGCCUUAUAGCCCAUCGGCGCCAGAGUUCGUCGACGAGGACGAAACAAACGGCUAUUAUAGGCCUAACGAAGCCCAGCAAAUCCACGAGGAACGUCUAACCAGGGACUGUAGUCAAGGUGCCGUCAAGAAGGAACGUCCCACCAACGAUUCCAGGGAGGGAAACGCCCACCAGCAGUGGCUGGAACUGUCCGAAAAGGAGGUGGAAGCCAGGGUCAUGGAACAGGUGGUGUCCUUGGCCGAAAUCUUCAAGGACGCCGAUCCAGACUACCUUCAGGAGAGAUGUUGGGAAAUCAGGGGUAACCCAGAUAGAUUCCUGUCCGUCGUCCGUCAGAUGCUCAGAGACAAAGACUACCCCAAGAUGGAGUCUUACUUCCAGAGACAGAGAGACAAGGAAAUCCAGAGGUUCUUCGAGGGCCUCAGCGUCGAGGAAUGUGAGGCUCUCGUCGGAGACGUGGACGAGGAAGACGUUGAAGCUGGGGAACUUGAGUGCGUCAUAUGCUGCAAUGAUGUUGCUGCAAGUGACAUGGUCUCUUGCAGUGCUGCAAGGCAUCGGCACAGAUUUUGCAGCGGUUGCGUCAAGAGGUUCGUGGAAGAGGAGAUGGGCCAAGGGCGCUUCACCUUCCGGUGCCCCGAAAUUGAAUGCCCAGGGUCCAUCCAAGAGCGGGACCUAAGGACCCUGCUGGCUCCAGCCGUCAUGGACCGGGUGAUGCAGAGGCAGCAACUGGACGAGGUAGUCAGAGCGGGUCUGGAAGACCUGGAGUCCUGUCCGUUCUGUGAUUUCAAGGUCAUUAUGCCCAACAAGCACGACAAGGUGUUCCUCUGUCAGAAUCCCGCUUGUAUGAAGGACUCCUGCAGGUUGUGCAAGGAGAUAAACCACAUUCCUCGGUCGUGUAGAGAAGUUCUCGCAGAAAAGCAGAAAGACGUUCGAACCACACUGGAGAACCGGAUGGCCGAAGCAAUGAUCAGAGAAUGUGUGAAAUGCAAGAAGCGGUUCAUUCUGGAGGCCGGCUGCAACAAGAUGACCUGUGCCUGCGGAGCGAUCAUGUGCUACCUCUGCAAGAGGCCUAUCGAGGGUUACGACCAUUUCACCCAAUAUCCGGACAGGGAGCCUAAUAACUUUUGGGACGAGGUCAGUUAUCUCCCUGUCCUGCCCCGCGGAUGGCGGUCACCCAUCCCAGCAAUGACCAGAGCCAACAUUCCUCUACGUCGUUGAUGUUAACAG